AUGGAAAAUACUUUAUUUUGGCUGAUAAUUUUCAUCCUUGGAUGGGCUCUCUCUGAUGGGUCUGAAACAGAACCAGAUUUUACGUGGCACUUGAGCAGAAUACCCCAGGUUGUGAGUGAGAAGACUAUUCAUCUUGCCAGCCCCACGUUCCAGGCGGAUGCUGGGGUGAUGAAGGCCACAGUGUGCGGCAUCGAAUGUCAGGAAGAGCUUCCUGCUCCCAGCCUUUCCCAGCUGGAAGACUCUCUUUCCUAUGAGACGGUCUUCGAGAAUGGCACCCGAACCUUAACCAGGGUCAAAGUUCAAGGUCUGGUCCUGGAACCUACUCAGAACAGCAGCAUAAAAGGAGCACGCCCUAGGAGAAGGAGGCAGGUGUACGGUACGGACAGCAGGUUCAGCAUCUUAGACAAAAGGUUCUUGACCAAUUUCCCUUUUAAUACAGCAGUGAAGCUGUCCACCGGCUGCAGCGGCGCCCUCAUUUCCCCCAACCAUGUGCUCACAGCUGCCCACUGUGUCCACGACGGGAAGGAUUAUGUCAAAGGCAGUAAAAAGCUGAGGGUGGGAGUGCUGAAGAUGAGGAAUAAAGGAGGCCGCAAGAAACGCAGAGGUUCCAAGAGGAGUCGGAGAGAAGCGGAGAGUGGUGGCCAAAGUCAGGACCAUCCUCCGGAGAGCACCACCCAAAAACUGGGGAAAAAAUCCAGGCAGGGUCUGAAAGUCGCCCAAGGAAAGCCUUCGUUCCAAUGGACCCGCGUCAAGAGCACCCACAUUCCCAAAGGCUGGGUGAGGGGAGAGAAUGGAGACCCAGCCUUGGACUACGACUAUGCGCUCCUGGAGCUGAAGCGCGCACAAAAGCAGCAGCAUAUGGAGCUAGGAGUCAGCCCCACUAUCACCAAGCUGCCAGGAGGCCGGAUCCACUUCUCUGGAUUUGACAACGACAGGGAUGAUCAGUUGGUUUAUCGGUUUUGCAGUGUUUCCGAGGAAUCCAGUGACCUCCUGUAUCAGUACUGCGAUGCUGAGGCAGGCUCCACCGGCUCUGGGAUCUACCUGAGACUCAAAGAGCCAGGUCAAAAGAAUUGGAAGCGCAAGAUCAUCGCGGUCUACUCGGGCCACCAGUGGGUGGAUGUGCACGGAGUUCAGAAGGACUAUAACGUGGCUGUGCGCAUCACUCCGCUCAAGUACGCCCAGAUUUGCCUCUGGAUCCACGGAAACGCUGCCAACUGUGCUUAUGGUUGAGGGAAAACUGAAGAGAAUUCAUGCGCAUCUUGAAUCCCAGAGAAAGCCAGCUCUCAUUGUGAGACCACUCACAGGCUAUGCCUGGACUUGGACUAUCAGUGGUUUUUACAGCGUUUUUACAGACUUCCUUUAUCAAAGUUAGGCUACUUUCGCACAGUUAAAAUGUUUAGUUACAGAUACUGAAACUAGAUGGCACUUUAGCGGCAAGUAUAUGUACUCUUUAGGUGGUGGUAAGUUUCAUUUUGGGGGAAAUGUUCAUUUGUUUACUUGGGCCUUUUUGGAUACCAGACACUCUUUAAAAAAUACUAGAACUGUAAUGUGACUUUUCAAUGGACUAGUUCUUGAGUCCUACUCUAGGAAGAACUUAGGAGGAUGUAGUUAUGUGUUCAACCUUUCUGGAAAAGAGGAAAAUUUACAGCAACACAAUUAGAAUCAUGGGAGACAGGAGGUUUAGUUUGCAAUGCGAUUAGAUGCCAUUCCAUUCUUGCCCUCAGUGUUUAUAUGUGUUGUCUCUUGGUACUGAGAAAAUUAUUUCAAGAACUAUAGAUCAAAACAUAUAAAAGUUACAAAUCAAAUACACUAGUGAGCUGCAUAAACAAAACUAUUAACUGUGGCUUUAAAAACCCAACACCAACUGUGUCCACCUAAAAUCUGGAGAAACACUGUUCUGUGUAAUGAACCAAGUUUACAGACACUGAAAGCUGAGACACUCUAAGAUCUCAAGUUUUACAAUCUUAAAAUGCGAUGUUUUUGAGGCAUGCAGAGACACAGUUUCACAAGCCACCGUCCUCUGUCGAAAGCCACGCCAUUUUGUGUUGUGCUUUCUGCUGUGUGUGAGGUGCUAUAUUUUUUAAGUGAGGUAUUUUGAAGUCUUUUUCCAAAGAGAACCCACUACCCCCAAUCCUGAGAUACCAAAGAAGGUUCUGAUGCUUCUCAUAAGGGACCAAGGUGGCAUCCUAGCUCUGGCUCCCAAGUAGCAUUAAGCAGUUACUGUACCACCCUAGAGCAAAAUGCAGAGCAGGCAUUCAGGACGAGCCUGAGGAGCAAACACAGCUGGGGUGAAUGGCUAUAAACAGGGGUUAAGUCAGGGCAUUAUGCUUAAACGGUUUUGAGUACACCCUAAAAUUUAAGUAACCAAGGACCCAAUCUUUAGUCUACUCUUUUUGGC